GCAUGCAAAACCACAACAUUUUGUCAUUUUGGAAGAAGUGAUAACCGAAUUGACACUGAGGCUUGUGCCACUGAUCUCUACGUGUGGUAGUGUGCAUUGGCCACGAACCAAGCACGGUGUCUAGUAUAUAUUACGUCUGCCGCUUUAAUUAAACUCCAUGUGUAUUAUAUUAAUGGUCACAUGCUCUCACUUUGUCAGUUAUGAUCUCACAUCUAACGUACAUUUUUGUGUAUAUAUAAGAACUAAUGAUAUCCAGUAUAGUAUUACAUCGUCACUAUAUGCCAUCUAAAGCGAUGUGAUCCUUCAUUAUUACUAUAUAUAGAGAGUACAAGGGGAGGUCAGAUGUUUUAGUCACAUUAUAGAGUACUUAGACAACUUUCUCAGUAAUAUUGUCAUGGAAAUUAUAUUAAUCUCUCUUUGCCUAGCCACCUUCUUAGCCUUUCUCCUCCUAAAACCACUUCUCACACGAAUCACGACUACAAAAGUUAAGCUGCCACCAUCUCCGUGGCGACUUCCGGUGAUCGGAAACCUCCACCAGCUCAGCCUCCACCCUCACCGCUCUCUCCAUUCCCUAAGCCUUCGCUAUGGACCGCUCAUGCUCCUUCACUUUGGUUGUGUCCCUGUCCUCGUAGUCUCAUCGGCUGAUGUAGCUCACGACGUGAUGAAAACACACGAUAUAAAGUUUUCUAAUCGUCCAAGAACCAAAACGGUCAAUAAACUUCUCAAUGGGAGAGAAGUAGCCUUUUCCCCCUAUGGAGAAUAUUGGAGACAGGCUAAGAGUAUCUGCGUUAUGAAUCUCCUUACCAUCAAAACGAUUCAAUCCUUCGAGAAUAUAAGAGCAGAGGAGAUCAAUACAAUGAUGGAAAAGCUUGAGAAAGCGAGUUCUUUGUCUUCACCUAUAAAUCUUAGCGAACUCUUCACGACUCUUACAAAUGAUGUAAUAAGAAGAAUUAUCUUAGGAAGAAAAUAUGGAAGCGAGAGAGGUUGUUAUAUUUCACAGGACAUUGUGAGAAGAUUCGUGGAGCUCAUGGGCGCUUUCCCUCUCGGCGAUUUCAUACCAGUUUUGUCGUGGAUAGACAGAAUCCGAGGUUUGGAUAAGAAAGUAGAGGAAGUAUGUAACGAGUUUGAUGUUUUCAUGGAGAAACUGGUGCAAGAACAUGAAGAUGCAGAUGAAGAUAGGUCAGAUUUUCUAUAUAUAUUGUUAUCUCUUCAAAGAGAUAAGACAACACCAAUUGAGCUAGACAGAAGAGACCUAAAACUCAUUCUAUUGGAUAUGUUGUUUGGAGCAUCGGUGACAACUUUCACACUAUUAGAAUGGACAAUGACAGAGCUUAUGAGACAUCAUGAAUGUAUGAAAACACUCCAAGAUGAGAUUCGUUCUGUUUCGGCGCAUAAUGGAUAUGUAACGGAGAAAGAAGUUGAGAAGUUGAAAUAUUUAACUCUAGUGAUCAAGGAGGUGCUUCGACUACAUCCCUCAGUUCCAACAAUUCCACGACUAUUGAGUGAAGAUGUCGAGUUACAUGGAUAUGACAUAGCUGCGGGAACACAAGUGCUAAUCAAUGCAUGGGCAAUCCAACGAGACAUUGAAACUUGGGGACCAGACGCAGAAAAGUUUAGGCCAGAGAGACAUUUAGAUUUGCUUGUAGAUUUUCAAGGACAAAAUUUCAAGUAUAUUCCAUUUGGUUCAGGGAGAAGGCGGUGUCCUGGAAUCAGGUUUGCAUUAGCCUUGGUCGAAGUCACAUUGGCUAACCUUGUGAAACGGUUUGACUUGAGAGUCGAGGUAGGAACAAUGGGAGGUAAUAAGCCUGAUCUAGCUGAAGCAAUUGGUCUCGAUGUAUGCCGCAAGUUCCCUCUCGUCGUAUGUCCAUCUUGUGUUUGAUUCCUUGAAAUAUAAUAGAUGUCACAAAUAAGGAGAUCAACGCCUUGAUGGUGUUGUACAAAAAGUUUAUGGAGGUUAAACCAACUAAAUAUAUGAUUUGGAGAUGAACAAACACAUUUUCG